GAGUGUGUCACAGAGAGACUCUUCACCUUCUUCUGAAGCAGACCUUCCACGGAGGCGAAGCUCUGGACGAACCAUCAGCGCUGAUUAGGGACUUAGACAUAUUCGAUUUCUCACGCUUUAUGACUCUGUAUAACCGUUGCCACUUUACUUAAUAAAUCCAAGGUCCUCGUGCCGAUAGACUUUAUUACCUCUCCGUCUCAUUUUAUCUGAUCCAGUAACUAGACAGACCGUUUUUCCCUUCAAUUUGGUGACCCUCGACGUGAUUUUUUCUGAAUUGAACACGCAACUGGGAAACGAGAGACGGAGAGCGGCACGACCUCGGGACCCCGGAGCACCGGACCGGUUCCUGCAGUCUCACCUCGGGCCCAACAAAAGGAAGGAGCGGCGCCCGCUGGCACCAUCUGUCUACCACCCGCAAGGCCGACAACCCGCAUGACCGCACCUUGGCGACCGUUCAACGCGACCUCGCACGGCUGCACCAUGAGACUACCACUGACGCCACAGGAAGCCCGGACCAGUAGACGUUGCAUCAUCGGCAUGGUAGGAAUAACCGGGGCCUUGAUGGGUUUCUUCAUCCUGUGGGGAAUGGACUUCCAUACGGCCAUCCCGGAAAAGUCCUCCACCAUCACGCCCCCGUCUACGACGACACAACCCUCAUCGGGACCCCCAACCCAGAGUCCACACCGCCGCAGGAGACAGACACCCCUGCAAGCCGCCAAAUCCCCCAGCGACCCCUGCCUCAACAAAUACGGUGGGCUAUCCCUAACCUAUACUUAUGGUUCCAGCGCCGCCUAUACCUUCCUCCUAUGCGACGUCGUUCCGUGCGUAGGCGGACCCGCAGCCUGGGAGAAGUACGAUGCAUACAUCUGCGAUGCUCCCAAGGGUUCCUUCGCGGGAGUCCAGGGCAACGGGGUAAUGAUGUCCCCGGACAACAGCCAGAGCUGGUGUCGAGGAUGGCGAAAUGUACUAUGGAUGACAGGGAGGCACCAGGGGUACUAUGUGACUAACCGCUCUCAGACUCUCCACAGGCCUGACGCGACGGCCGCACUACAGGCGAAGGGCUUCCUCUCGGGAGGCAACGGCAGAAUCACCCUUACCCUCAGGAACAUUACCAGCAACCCGUACCAAGGAUGGGGCAACCCCGCAUUUGGGUCGACCCGGGCGUGCGGGGUAAAUACGGACUCUGCCUACCUCGUGUUCGGGAUAUCCCAGUCCGGCCCGGACACGACGGCGUUGUUGAAAAUAAAUUUCAGAAAGGCCCCCACCACACCCACCGCACCAGCCUCCAGGGCCAACACGACAACUCCUAAACCCCCGUCCGACCCAUAAUGACUCGCGACGGCCCGGUCACGAUUUUUGAUUUAAAUUCCGUGGGGCGACUCCCCACCCACGAUUCCAUCGCGCUCGCGACCGGCUACGCAGACGAUAAUGCAUGGCUUAGCUGGAUUGCUGCUACGAUCCGAUUCCAGGGGCUGUCCGACUGCGUAGCCUGUGCGUCAGCUCGCCCCCAUCUAAUCUCGACCCCAGUACUGUUCGAUUUUACCAGC